AGUUAACUACAAAAUUUCAAGACAAACGCAACCUUUAGAAAAACAGAACCAACCCUGUGAUAGAAGUAAAAGUGUUAAGAUUUCAAAAUUAGACAUUCAGAAAUUAUUUAGUUGAGAAGUGUUGAACGCCUGUAAACCUAUGGUAGUCAGUAGAUGAAUUUUACUGCCUUCAUUGAAUUUCUUAACAGCCUGUACAUAGAGGAGGUUGAAAGGGCAAGCCGGGUAAACAACCAGGAAAGAAUCGCCAGGAUGGUUUUUACCGGAGAUUUCAACGAUGAUGUGGAGAACUUUGGCCAGGAGUCCAACAGACGACAGGCAAUGAGAACUGCUAGAUGUGUUAAGAUACUGGGUAAAGGGGUGGUUAAAGUGGUUCAUAGAUGUGAUCAAGCUAAAGAGAACAAUACUCUAGAUCUAUCUGAUUGUCAGCUGAUGCAGAUGCCUGAUGCUGUCUACCACCUGAUGAGGAACACCCCCCUGGUUACCUGCAACCUCAGCAGCAAUGUUAUCGCUAAGAUCCCGCCAAAGUUCCCGCUCUCCUUCUCAUUAAUCACAGAACUUGAUUUAUCGAACAACCGUAUCUCAGCUCUACCCCAGGAGAUGGUGAACUGCUCCCAGCUGGAGAUCAUCAACAUCUCCUCAAACUCCUUCGUCAUCCUCCCCCACGUUCUCCUUGACAUUCCCAGCCUCGCCAAGAUCAAUGCCGGCAAGAACUUUAUUGCAGAUGUUGAUGUUGAGGCUGUUGUAAGCUGUGGUAAUAUUGAGCAGUUGAACCUGGAGGGGAAUCCUCUGAAUCCAACAACACAUCAACAACUUCAGGAUAUUCAAUCUAUCAGGAUUACCCUCUCUCCUCGACAGAGAGAAGAAUGGGAAGAUUUGUCAAUCUAAUCCCCCCCCCCC